UCAGCGACUUAUGCGGGACUGCGGUGGGCAUUCUGACACUGGGGGGGGAACUGAUUAACUGUUACUGACAUCCCAAUGACACUACUACAGUGAUCAGUGGUAAUAAAAAGAAAUGACACUGUACUGGUGACACUGGGCAGGAAGGGAUUAACAUGUGGGGAGAUCAAAGGGUUAACAGUGUACUGUGUGUGUUUUACUGUGUAAGCACUCUGCUUUGUAUUGCUCUGCUAUGCAGUGGUGCUAUGCAGUGUGCAGGAGCUGACAGGGGAGAGAUCUGUAUUGUUUACAUACAGACCUCUCCCCUGUCAGUGAUACUCGGCAAUCGCCGGGUGCCAGUGGGGAAU